GCCCGGGCCUGCGCGCUGUGUCCUGCGCGCUCCCUCCCUCGCGCGCGCUCCCCGUGCAAGAGCCGGGGCGGCGUGGGAGGCUCCAGGAGAGCGUGAACCUGAGGAGGAAGAAGCGAGGCCGGCGCGCAGGCCCAGAACCGUCCGAGCCUCGGCUGCCGGCGACGCCCCAGAGCGGAAGAGGGAAGUGAAUCAGGCGCCGGGCAGUGGGCUGCUGGGCUGGGCUUGCUGAGGUAGAGGCAGCAACAACAGGAGGCUUUUGCCGCUGGUCGGGAUUGGGAUGUCGAAGAACACAGUGUCGUCGGCCCGGUUCCGGAAGGUGGACGUGGAUGAAUAUGACGAGAACAAGUUCGUGGACGAAGAAGAUGGGGGCGACGGCCAGGCCGGGCCUGACGAGGGCGAGGUGGACUCCUGCCUGCGGCAAGGAAACAUGACAGCUGCUCUACAGGCAGCUCUGAAGAACCCCCCUAUCAACACCAAGAGUCAGGCAGUGAAGGACCGGGCAGGCAGCAUUGUCUUGAAGGUGCUCAUCUCUUUUAAAGCUAAUGAUAUUGAAAAGGCAGUUCAAUCUCUGGACAAGAAUGGUGUGGAUCUCCUAAUGAAGUAUAUUUAUAAAGGAUUUGAGAGCCCCUCUGAUAAUAGCAGUGCUAUGUUACUGCAAUGGCAUGAAAAGGCACUUGCUGCUGGAGGAGUAGGGUCCAUUGUUCGUGUCUUGACUGCAAGAAAAACCGUGUAGUCUGGCAGGAAGUGGAUAUCUGCCUCAGGAGUGGGAAUUGCUGGUACAAAGACCAAAACAACCAAAUGCCACCGCUGCCCUGUGGGUAGCAUCUGUUUCUCUCAGCUUUGCCUUCUUGCUUCCUUUUUCAUAUCUGUAAAGAAAAUUACAUAUCAGUUUUCCUUCCAUGAAAAUUGGGAUAAUAUAGAAGAAAUUAUGUUACAAUAGAAGUGUUUCAUCCUCUCAAAACCAUUUCAGUGAUGUUUAUACCAAUCUGUAUAUAGUAUAAUUUACAUUCAAAUUUAAUUGUGCAAUUUUUAACCCUUAUUGGCUGGUUUUUUAUUUUGUUUUGUAUUAUUUUUAAUUAAUACUGAGAGAUUUGGUCAAAAUUUGAGGCCAGUUUCCUAGCUCAUUGCUAGUCAGGAAAUGAUAUUUAUAAAAAAAAUAUGAGAGACUGGCAGCUAUUAACAUUGCAAAACUGGACCAUACUUCCCUUAUUUAAGCAAAAUAUGUUUUUGGAAUAAGUGGUGGGUGAACACCACUACCAAGUUGUAGCUUUGUUUUUGCUUGCCUCCAGAUUAUCUGUACUGUGGGUUUAAGUAUGCUACUUUCCCUCAGCAUCCAAUAAGCAUGGCCUCUCAGUUUCUUUGUGGUCACCCAGGGUUUAGAGCAAGAAGUCUUGCUCUAUACAAAUGUAUCUAUAAAAUAUCAGAGCUUGUUGGACAUAAACAUCAGACUUUUGUUCCAGUAAUAUGGCUCUGCUUGGAAAAACUGCAAAUCAGAAAGAAUGUGGAAACUAUGAUGUAAUUCACACUCUGGGCAGCCUCUGAAUGAAAUGCUACUUUCCUUAGAAAUAUAAAACUGCCUUAGACAUUAUGAGGUAUAUGUCUAAGUAUUUAAGAUACCAUUUAAUAUGCCCCAUAAAUGUGUUCAGUGUUCUUCAGGGUAAUUGGGAUCUCAAAAGAUUUGGUUCAGAUCCAAACAAAUACACAUUUUGUGUUUUAGCUCAGUGUUUUUUAAAAAAAGAAACUGCCACACAGCAAAAAAUUGUUUACUUUGUUAGACAAACCAAAUCAGUCCUCAAAAAAAUGACCGGUGCUUAUAAAAAGUUAUCAUUCUCCAGUAGCUCCAAAACAAACCACCUGACCAAGAGGGAAAUCAGCCUGUGAUUAGUAUUUACAUUGGACACCAGCUUUGUCAUCACUGACUUAUGUGAAAACUGGUGCAGAAAUUCUAUAAACUCUUUGCUGUUUUUGAUACCUGCUUUUUGUUUUGUUUUGUUUUGUUUUGUUUUGUUUUGUUUUGUUUUGUAAAAAUGAUAAACUUCAGAAAAUAAAAUGUCAGUGUUGAAUAA